AGCGGCGGGAAAUAAAAAUAAAUAUUACAAAAUUCAAUUAAAGCAAUUGCCAGUUCGUAAAAAGUUAACGCCAAGGCUAAAUUGUGGCCCAAGUCAGGCCAAGAUAUUGAAACCGAAAAAAUAAAAAAAACGUCGCCGCUGCUUAACACUUUUUAACACUUUCAUUUUCGUUCAGAGUCGUUUUCGUUGGGUUCGUUCGUCAUCGCGUCGCCGUUCGUCGAGUGUGUUAAAUAAUAGUAAACAAAAAGUGAACGAGACUACCUAAAAUUGUCGGCAAAUGUUAAACGGCUUUUGUAAACUGAAAACGGAAACUGCAUUUUAAGCAUUCGGAGUUCGGCAAGAUGCAGACGACGCCAUUUCUGCUCUGCCUGGUACUCACCGCUGGAACGUUACUCCCUGCUGGAGCACAAGCCGAAGAUGCCCUGGAUGAGGAGCAGCCUCUUCACCUGACCAACGACGCGUCUUUUUUUCAGCCGCACCUGCACGACCGGCGCCUUGGCCGCCAGCUCAGUGAGGACUUGGGCCUGAGCCAGAGCUCGGCCAGCACGGGGAGUGGCUCUUCCGCCAGCAGCCAGUCCAGCUCUGCCUACGAUGAUGAUGAGGACGACGACGACGACGUCGAGGGCUCCAGCGAGUACUAUGACAGCGAUGAGGAGCAGACUGAGGGCAGCAACGAGUCCCUGCCACGACAGCUCUCCCAGUCCACCUUUAAGCGCAUAUCGGAGACCCUGGGGGCACUAAACCAUGUGGGCCACAUGUUGGUGGACAUAACUCGCGGCGGACAAGAUCAAAACAAGGCGGAGGGUGUGGAGAAGAGUGAGGACAAGGUCCAACAAGCUGAUAGCUCUGCCAGCUCUACUUUAAGUAGUACCACUGAGGUGACAACGUCUUCAACAUCCUCACCUCUGGGGAAAUCAGAAGCCAUUCCUGGAGUCUCUGGGAAACUACUGGAUACUCUGCCAAUAACACUAUCCGCCAAUAGUUUACUGCCAGCUGGCAAGCCGGCCAACUUGAGCGUUGUCCAGGUCGCUACCAAAAGGGUCGGGCUGGACGACCAUUCGCCCAUGUUCGUGGAGAACAAGGAGCUGAAGCUAAAGAAGAAAAAGAAGAAGAAUAAGAACAAGCAGAAGGUAAAGAAACCCAAUGAGGAGGCAGUCCAAAACCAAGCGGUUCAGGGAGCCCAGCAGUCCCAGCAGAAGAUCAAGAUUCCCACAACGCCGCGCACAACAACCAGCACUUCGACCGCAGCAUCUCCCACCACUCUGAGGCCCCUGGAUCAGCUGGCGGUGGCCAGUGAUGAGGCGGGAACCGCCAAGGAUGUUGAGAACUACUGCAAGACGCCGAGUGGAAGACCAGGACGUUGUGAGGAUCUGAGCAGCUGCCCGGCCUUGCUGCUGAAUCUGAGCAGCUUGAGGGAGUCGCUGUGUUUCAAAAGCCUCUUCGUUCCCGGAGUGUGCUGUCCAUUGUCCUCGUCCGCCGCAUCAUCCGAUAGCUCUACCGUGUUGACCACCCAAAGGCCUCUGAAGCUGACCACACGACCACCUCUGAUUACCACGACUACAAAGGCUUCCCAGCCGACCAAAAGAACGACACUGCGACCCACGACUCGACCCACAUCGGGACUAGUGCUCAUUCCCCAAAAGAAGCCACCAACGACGACGACGACCACGACGACAGAGGUGCCGCUGGAGCCCGAGGGUCUGGAUGAGAUUGGAAACAACAUCGUAGACCCCGACGAGUGCGGCCAGCAGGAGUACUCAACGGGUCGUAUCGUUGGUGGAGUGGAGGCCCCCAACGGACAGUGGCCUUGGAUGGCGGCAAUUUUCCUUCAUGGUCCCAAGCGAACGGAGUUCUGGUGCGGCGGCUCCCUGAUUGGCACCAAGUACAUCCUGACGGCGGCGCAUUGCACCCGCGAUUCUCGCCAGAAGCCGUUCGCCGCGCGACAAUUCACUGUGCGGCUGGGUGACAUUGAUCUUUCCACGGACGCAGAACCCUCUGAUCCCGUGACCUUUGCCGUUAAGGAAGUGCGCACCCACGAGCGCUUCUCCCGAAUUGGCUUUUAUAACGACAUUGCCAUCCUGGUGCUGGACAAGCCGGUACGAAAAUCCAAGUACGUGAUCCCCGUGUGCCUACCAAAGGGCCUUCGUAUGCCGCCCAAGGAGCGCCUGCCAGGACGUAGGGCCACCGUCGUGGGCUGGGGCACCACAUACUACGGCGGCAAGGAGUCCACUAGCCAGCGGCAGGCGGAGCUGCCCAUCUGGCGGAACGAGGACUGCGAUCGUAGCUACUUCCAGCCCAUCAACGAGAACUUUAUCUGCGCAGGUUAUUCGGAUGGCGGAGUUGAUGCCUGCCAGGGCGACUCUGGCGGUCCGCUAAUGAUGCGAUAUGACUCGCACUGGGUCCAGCUGGGAGUAGUUUCCUUUGGCAACAAGUGCGGUGAACCUGGCUAUCCAGGUGUCUACACGCGCGUCACCGAAUAUCUGGACUGGAUACGCGAUCAUACGAGGGACUGAUCUUCCAGACGAUCCACCCGAUCCACCUUAGCCGUAACUGUAGCCUAAAUUUAGGUAACACUAGUCUAUGUACUCUUAAUGCCCCUUCCCUGCUCUACCUGUUCUAUGUGCAGUGUCUU